GCCACUCGAUGGUUCUCCCGACUGCCCUUGCGCUUACCGGAAGUAGACCAUCUCCGGACUGAGGGGUCGUCUCUAAAGUGCUGGUCUGAGAAAGAAACGAGACCACGAAGUGGUUGCUAGGAUAGACGGGUCCGCGGGUGGAAGCUCCUCCAAAGGACUGGACCAGUCCAGCUCACAACUGCAGUAAAACAAUGAUGCCUUCUUCUGUGCUACCAGCCCGAGCAGAUGACCUGGAUUCCUGUAUAUUAAGAUUUCCAGACCUGGAUUUGAAAGACACAAACCUUACUUCUCCUAGUAGUAGUCUCAGAGCAGGAUUAGAUGCUAAUAUGAGGAAGAAAUAUGCACAUGCAAAGAAAAAGGCAUUUGCCCUUUUGGUCAAAACAAAGGAAAUUCCAGAACCCACCAGCUGCUCUUCAUCGCUCUGCAAGGGAGCGUGGUGGACAUGCUGCCAGCAGAUCUUCAAAGACCAAAUUGGUAUCCACAAACAUAUAGCCACCCAGCAUGCAGGAGAUGUUUGUCAUCAGACCUCUUCUGUUUUAAAGCAACUGGCUGCUGAGGCUGGCACCCCCAAGCCUUAUGUAUCUGCAGAUAAGACAGAUGGAUUAAAUGUGCCCCCUACCUCUAACCAUCAAGUGUCCAUCCACCUCCCAGACACGAGCUGCUUUAAGCUUGAUGAGCUCAUGAGUGCCCAGAAUAGCAAUCAGGGAGUAGUACUAUUAUAUUAUUGUUACUGUGAUGUGGAGGAUCCAGAAUGGCUUUGUGCUUGGCAGAAAGCCUUGUGCCAACACCUGCACCUCACAGGAAAGGUUCGAAUUGCUACAGAAGGAAUCAAUGGAACAGUGGGUGGGAGCAGAUUAGCUACUGAUCUUUAUAUAGAGGCAAUGCUUUCUCAUCCUUUGUUUAAGAAUAUCUUAUGUAAGGAAGAUUUUAAGACCAGCAAAGGAGGAGCUUACUGUUUUCCAGGACUUCAUGUUGGUGUAUUUGAAGAAAUCGUGCCCAUGGGAAUCAAUCCCAGUGUGAUCUCGUACAAAAAACCUGGAAUCCAUUUAUCCCCUGGUGAAUUUCAUAAAGAAGUUGAAAAUUAUUUAUAUCAGGGUAAUCAAGAGCAAAAUGACACUAUUCUGCUGGACUGCAGGAACUUUUAUGAAAGUAAAAUAGGACGUUUCCAGAAAUGCCUGGCACCAGACAUCAGGAAAUUCAGUUAUUUUCCCAGUUACGUGGACAAAAACCUAGAACUUUUUAAGGACAAGCGUGUGCUGAUGUACUGUACAGGGGGCAUUCGUUGUGAAAGGGGUUCAGCCUACCUCAGAGCUAAGGGAGUAUGCAAGGAAGUAUACCAGCUCAAGGGUGGCAUCCACAAAUACCUGGAAGAGUUUCCUGAUGGUUUUUAUAGAGGGAAAUUAUUUGUUUUUGAUGAACGCUAUGCUCUGUCUUACAACAAUGACAUCAUUUCAGAAUGUACAUAUUGUGGAGCGCAGUGGGACCAGUAUAAAUUGUGUUCCACCUCACAUUGCCGCCAACUUGUCUUGUCCUGUUCAGAAUGCCGAGAAACAGGGCUUACAGCGUGUUGUCUCACUUGCCAGGAUAAAGGAGCCAAGCUACCUUCAAGUCCCACUGAGAAGAGUUUUAAAGAAGAAUGCGAUUGUACACUGAAAAGACCCCGUGUGCCAAUUGAACUUUCACAAUGACCGGGACUUACUGGAUGGUGUAAAUAGGCAAGCUACCAACUUCCGUGCAAGUGUGCCACUGCUUAUGUUAAGCACAUCAUCAGCAUUUUCCCUAUGGGGUUCACAGUGUCAAGUAUGAGGGUCAGGGUCAUAGAUCUGCCUCAAAGAGGAGGUCCUGACAGGGACAGUAGAGUAAUGGUGUACAGUAGGCCAUCAGUGCUCACCAACAAGAGAGUCGUGUCCCACUUGCCACUUAUAUCACAUCCUCUUUGGGUUGGAUUUAAGACUGGUGACAAUGAGGGAGCAAAGCUAAUAUAGUUAGGCUAAGUUCUUAUCUGACCAUUUGGAGACAAAAAGGGCUGAAAUUGAUGUGGGAAACAUAGUGACAUCACUUGGCCGCUCAGAGAUAAAGCACAUAAGGAGCAUGUCUUUGACAGUCCUGCAAUAGAGGAAUAUGCUUUGUCCACAGAACUGAAAGCACAUAAUAUUUGGCCUCUAUUGUUGCUCUCUUAAAGUUAUAGCAAAGUCAAUAUGUAAUUUCAGUCUUAUGAACAAUAACAAAUAUUUAUUUAAAGAGGUCUAAGAAAUUUUUAGACACGUACAGUUGCCAUUUUAGAGUUCCCAAAUUAGAGCUGUGAGCAUGCCCUACAAUGUGUGUGUCAUUAUGUAGAGUCAGGGCCUAAGAUUUAAAGUUCUGUUUUCUUCAUUUGCAAUUUGGGGUCUCAAACUACCACUAGGAGAAUGUUCAGUCAGUACAUCAGCUUUGGCUUUUUACAUAGGAUCCUUGCUAAACCAAUAGCUUGUUAGUAAAGAAAAGAGAGAAGGUAAGACAUACAUACUUCUGCUGAUGUUGUUUUCAUCACUGCUGUUAGCUUUUUAGAAAUAAGAAACCUUUAGGAUUUGGCCUGCAGAUUCAUCUCAAGAUAGAAAGUCAUGGCGGAACUACCAUAGCAUGAGGGAGAAGGGGGUAGUUCUCUGACCAUACAAAGUGUUCCUCAAAGAGUAGUGUACUGUGUAAUCUCUACACUCUGAGGACAGUUCCUGGGCUGAAAGAGCCCAGGCCUGGCCUGACUAUAUUCUACUUGGAAAAUAAGGCAAGGUUCAAAUCACUGACACUAGCAUUGUGAGUUUGAUAUUUACUUCUUUCCUGGGCUCUGUGUUUCUCCUCAGCAACUCUUAGAAUACUCCACCCCUAAUGAAUAUACAGCGCUGGGCAUUUAGGAUUUGACUUACAUUAUUUUAUAGUAUUAUCAGGAACAUAUCUGUUAUAUUAACUUUAAUUCCUAUUGAAAUGCACUUACAAAAUCAUCAUCAAUUAGUAAUUUCUGGCAUAUUCAUUAUAGGUAACAAAAGGAAUAAGUGCCCUAUUCUACUGUAACAGGAAAAUUGUCCGUGUGACUAAAUCUUUUCAUGCCCAAGUAAUACCUGGAGGGAUCAAUUUCCAUUCUUUUAGCUCUGCUGCAGUAAGCCUAAGUCAUAUAAAACUAAAUCAUUUGAAUUAGUAUAAAGUUCAGUAUUAUCUUAGAAUUUCAAACCAUGGCAUGUACAUUGUUGGUACUCACUAAAUGAAUUGAUAGUGGGUAACAGAGGGAAUUAACCAUUUGGAACCCAUUGUCUCCAGCAAGAAUACAAAGUCCACUUUCCAAGGACUGGGAUAAGAAAUAUAUUUAGGGAAAUCAUUUGGUCAUUUUAAUAAUGAAAUGCCACCCUGCUUGAAGUAGGUAGAGGCACAUGAUCUUCAGCGAAGGAGGCCAGUUCAAAAUUUUAAAAAUAUUCAGCAGGUUGUAGGAGUAGAACCAAGCUGGCAUUUUCUGCCCUUGUUAACCUAUAAAAUUAACUGAAAGUAUCCUUUUUUUUCUGCUUUAUAUAUAGCAGUCCUUUUCUGCAGGUUGUUACACCAGAAUUCCACAGAUGAAAAUGAGUCUGGAGAGUCAUAAAAUCCAUAAUCACACAUGGAAGACUUAAUUAUUUUAAUAACUAGUUUUCAUUAUCGAUAUGCUUUCCUUCAUAUAUUUUUAUAUUCCUCUUCUAGUCCCUUUGGGGACUUAAAAGAGGCCUUGCAGUAGAAUUAGACCUCAGCUAUCUAUUGCAGAAUGUAGUUGGCCUUUAUUUGGCCCCAUGGAGACCCUGAAGACUGGAAGCCAGAGCAACACCAGGGCACCAUCCACCCCUAAACCUUAGGAGCAGAUGGCCCCUCCACAAUAGGAUGAGGACAUAGCCAGAGAUGUCACUAAAUCCUUAGAGUUGAUGGGUCUUCAGGCCAUGGAAGCAAAAGGAAGUUAAUGAUGACAUAUUGCCAUACAUCCUGGCUGUUGUCACUCCAUACAUCAGGGUUAUAGGUGUGCGGGAGGUGUUUUAAAGAUACAGGCAGGGUCUCACCUUAUUAGCUUUGCACCUUGGAUGUCACAGGCAGGAAAGAAGCUAAGAAGUGUCCAGCGUGGCAGGUGCUGGACAUGGGGGUGGGCUAGUAAUCCCAGCCAGAGGAACAGGCCUAAAGCAGAAGCAGCCAUUAGGAUAAUAGCUAGGCCCAAAAAAACCCAGAACUCUGCUGGACUGAGAGUAUUUGAAUCAAGUUUGUAUAAAGCAAAUUCUAUUUUAAUGCAAUAGGGGAGCUUCUUAUAUAAACAAACUACAGUAAAUCAUUUAGUAAAGCAAAGAGUCAUUCUUUAAGGGUAAAAUUACCCCCAAGUGUAUCUGUUUUAUAAAUGUAUGAUUUCUGUAUGCUAUUAUGAGACUCUGAAAAUGAGAUGUGCCUCUUUAUUAAUCAAAACGACUAUUGUCUCUCAUUAGAGGUAGGAAAACCUUAUAAAUAAGUUCAAGAUCUUAAGGUACUUCUCUGACUUGUCAACACAGCAAGUAAAUAGGAUGCUUGGUAUUGAUAGUAGUAAUUUGUAUCUCUCUGGUGGUGUGCACUUUUUAGAUCAUUUUCAUAUGUCUUUUGAGCUUCAAAGGCAACCUGAGUUAGGUAGGACAUUUAUUUUUAUCCUCAUUUCAUAGGUGAGGAAACUGAGGCACACUGAGAGGUGGGAGCUUUGCCCAGGGUCACCCGAUAGAUCAGUGGCAACGCCUUGGGGCCUCUGAGUUCUGAGCCAGCCCUCUCUUUUUGACCCCUGCCCCUUCCUGUGGAAGGGACAACACGUAAGUCAAACUCUGAUCUUUUGACCUAUUGCCUUCUACCUAGGAAGUCUUAACAGGCAUCACAUUAAUAUCUGAGAAUGUAAAGGAUAGUAAAGGUGUAGUUUUCAAGUCAUCUGCAGACUUCAUCAUUUCAUGAAAUUUGAAAGUACAUGAGUGACAG